AUGGAUCACUUUCGAUCACCACGGGACUACAAUUUCCAGGCGAUCACUCGCUGUAACUUAUCCAAUUCGCCGACUCCGCCUUCAGCCGAAAUCCACCGUUUCCAUCAUUCUCUUACGCCGGAGAUGGAGUCUAUGAAAGCCGUGGAGAAGAUCGUGAAAUACAGUUUCACGAAGGAAGCCCUUACGCACACCUCUUGUGUCGACUUUCCUUCGUAUGAGCGGCUCGAGUUCGUAGGCGAUAGCGCCAUUGGUCUGGCUCUUACGAAUUACUUGUAUCUUGCGUACCCUAAGAUCGAGCCUCACGAGCUGUCUCUGUUGAGAGCUGCUAAUGUUAGUACAGAGAAACUCGCUCGUGUCGCACUCAAGCACGGGCUCUAUCGGUUUCUUCGGCGCAAUGCUCCUUCCUUAGAUGAAAAGUGUGUGGUGGAUUUAGAAGAUGAUUCAGUUGCUUAUGGCGGAUUAGUCAAAGCUCCGAAAGUUCUUGCUGACCUCGUAGAGUCUCUAGCUGGAGCUGUUUAUAUUGAUCUGAAUUUUGAUCUACAAAGACUUUGGGUGAUCAUCAGGGAUCUUUUGGAGCCACUAGUUACAUUGGAUGAUCUGCAUCAACAACCUCAACCAGUGAGUAUGCUUUUUCAGUUCUGUCAUAAACACGACAAGCGAAUCGAGAUCAGGUAUUCAAAAGAUGGCAAAAGCAGUAUCGCUGGUGUGUAUCUUGAUGAUGAAUGUUUUGGUUUUGGUCGUGCUGAGAAUAAAGAUAUAGCAAAGCUGAUUGCUGUUAAGGAAGCAUUAAGAAAGUUGGCGGAAGUUAUGCCUAUUGAUAUGGUCAUUGAUGAGGAUGGUGCUGAGAUUUACCUUGAAGAUGCCAAAAGGAAGUUGUUUGAGAUUUGCUCCAAGCAAAAAUGGCCCAAACCUAUUUACAGUGUUGAGGAAGAAGGAGGGCCAGUAAAUAGGAAGAGAUUUGUUAGUUCAAUUAAAAUAAAGAUCCAAAGUGAAGAAGGUACGACGUUGUAUAUGAAGGGAGACGAAAAACCAAAGAAAAAAGAAGCAGAAAGCUCAUGUGCCUACCACAUGAUAAGAGCCCUUAGAAAAUCCAAUUAUCUCUAA